AUGGAUACUAUUGAAGAAUACAUGCAGCGGGCCACAGCCUCGGGCUCCGAUCAAAAAAUUCCAGGCGCUGUCCUGAUAGUCGCGAAUAAGGAUGGAAUCACGUAUUCCAAGAGUUUCGGCUCAAUGUCGCUGGAUCCUGCCUCAGAGCUGUCGACUAAGCCUCUCACUCCGGACACGACAAUGUGGAUAGCAUCAUGCACGAAACUUAUGACAGCCAUUGCCUCUAUGCAGUGCGUAGAGAGAGGGCUUCUCAAUUUGGACGAAGACGUCUCUAGUAUUUUGCCCGAGUGGAAAAACCCGCAAAUCCUUGUCGGAUUCGAGGAUGAUUCGGGAAAGCCCAUUCUCAAAGACGCCAAAAACAAACUCACGCUCAGAAUGCUACUCACGCAUCAGACCGGUCUGGGCUAUGGCUUUGCACAGCCUGAACUGAUGCGCUACUGCAAGUAUGCAAAUAUACCGCCAAUUGGCGAAAAGCGUAUUGUAUGCAUCCGACGCAGCGCCUGGACUUAUGGGGUCGGCCUCGAUUGGGCCGGUCAGAUGAUCGAGCGUGUGACCAACAAAACGCUAGGCUCAUUCAUGGAAGAAAACAUCUGGAAACCGCUUGGGAUGGAGGCAACAACGUUUAGGCUCCAAGAACGACCAGAUAUCAUAUCUAGGCGCGCGGACAUGUCAAUGAGAUCUGCCGAGGGAACUAUUGGUCCCAGCCCAACACGAUUCUUUCCUGACAACGCCAGCGAUGACCAGGGUGGUGGUGGGCUCUUUUCCUGUCCAGCGGAUUAUGCGAAGCUUCUGAUAUCGAUCCUGAAGAAUGACGGUACACUACUCAAGCCAUCUACAAUGGACGAUCUCUUCGCUCCAUGCCUGACUCCUGAUGGGACUGCAUCACUGCGUGAGAACAGAGCUGCAGGUUAUAAGUCCUUUCGGGAAAGCAAAGCAGGCUCCGAAGCAACAAAGCAACUCAUCCCACAAUAUGAAAUGAACUACUCUGUUGGUGGCCAGAUUUCAGAGAAAGGUUGGCUUAAUGGCAGAAAAUCUGGGAGCAUGUCCUGGGGUGGCCUGCCCAACUUGAUGUGGGUGAUAGACCGUGAGACGGGCGUUGCUUUCUUCUACGGUAGUCAGUUGCUACCACCUGGAGAUAGUGUUUCCAGGGCAGCCUUUGAGAGAUUUGAGUACGCGAUAUACAACGGGGAGCUUGGAGAUCUCGGUCUUAAAGCUUCGUGA